AUGAAGGACAAACAAAAGAAACCAAGGCAUAGACAUUCUCCUGCCCAGCUCAUCGCUCUGAAUGAGCUAUACGAAAGAGAUGAGCAUCCUGCGCUUGAUCUCAGAGUAAAUCUUGCAGAGCGCCUUGGAAUGGAGACAAAGACUGUCAAUGCCUGGUUUCAGAACAAACGGGCUAGCUCAAAGAAACGCACUUUGCCUAGAUCAACGGCUUCAUAUGACAAUCCAUCUAUAAACUCUUCGACUCUCAGCUCGAAUUCAUCCCUUCGUCGACCUGAUUUAGACGAAUUUGAGGAAGACUUAGAUUUUCAAUCACCUCCCCUUCCUGAUAACGGUCCCAUCAAUUUACCCUUCUACGGUGGCAACACUGAAAACGCACAUUUCGAGGAACAAGACAAUAUGCAACGUCGAUCUCGUAUGCGUCCUUCCUUAGAGCAGGUCGAACAGCUCAAAAACUUGUUCAACAUCAACCCACUUCCAUCUACUGAAGAGAAACAGGCUUUAGCAGAUCGUAUUGGAAUGCGAUAUCAAAGCAUCACGACUUGGUUCCAAAAUCAGCGCAGCAUCUUGAAAAAAAGACAAGAAGGCGAUACCGACAUUACGGCAGCUUCUUUCCCAAAUUCCGAGUAUCCUUUUGACACUCCUGCUCGGAGGUAUUCUGCGUUCCCACCGCCCACGCAUCAUCCAUCCCUCAACUUGCCGCCUGCAAAUUCUCAUCCCUCUCUUCCUUCUAUGCCUGUGCGGGGUCGGCGAAGCCUAUCGCCCGUCUCUGCUUCAUCACGUAGAACGAGUCGACGUCGGAGCGGGACGCCAUAUGAUAGUACCCUCAACUCUCGGCCCCGGCGUACUCGUCCAGAACCAUAUCAACUUGAUGCACUGAAGGAUUUGUUCCUUAAGACGGCCCACCCGACUAUCGAGGAACGCACCGCGCUAGCUAUUCAAAUCGGAAUGGACCUCGGUAAGGUUACCAACUGGUUCAGAAACCUUCGACAAACCACACGCAGGCGCGCUAAAAAGUCGGGCAGUGGGGAAGACGAUUACGACGACGACGACGAAGACGCUGAUUAUCCUGAUCAUGAUCGAGAUGCAUCUAUCUCGCGAUACGGAUCGCCUUCAUCGUCUACGUGGACUAAUGAUGAUUCCGUCAUGUAUGAUGAGAAGGUUCCCAUUAUGCACAGUGGAAGUGUAUCAGACGCAGGUAGCGAUGACGAAUAUGAAGAAGCCGUAACCCCCAGCUCCGAAUCCUCACGGUCGCCCCCUCCGCCGUUGGGCAGGUCACCAUCAUCUCAGGUUAACCUUAGCAACUUAACGCUAGCAGCGUUAGAAUCGGCGACCAUCGCAGAGAUGGAUAAGGCCCCCUUCAAAAGCGGAAUUAAAGUUGAGGAUGCUUUGCUCUUGCUCACCUUCCACCACCAAGUGGUACAGUGA